UACAGAAAAUUCACAAUAUACAAGUUUUUGGAUAUCUUACGUGUAAAUUUAGAAAAGUUAGCCAGCAAUGACCGACGAUUCCAAUGGGGAAUCUACGUUCGAAUUUGUUGAAAGGAAGACGGACGAAUCAUCCGCAUCUGGAGAAAUCGUAAAAACAGAUUCUUUUAGCAGCUUAUCAUCGUAUACAUCUCUGUUGAUGCCUUUGGGUGUGUCAACAUCUACAGGAAAUUUGUUGUCAAAUGUAGCACCACCUAGUGCAUUGCCCAGCUUUAUUUCAAAUUCUGGGACAGUGUUGUCAGAAAAAUCUGCUAAGAAUUUGGAAUCUGCCGCGCAAAAGAAACAUGAACCUGUUAAAUCAAUGUUGAAUGCCCCUUCUAAGCCCUUGCAGCAAGAAACUCAAGAAAAAACUGAAACUCCAGUUGUAUCUCAACGUAUACAAAAUGUACAAACUACAGCACAAACAGAAAGUCCGUUGCAAGAUUCAGGAAUGGUUGGUGGUGGUCUAUUAUCCUGGGUUAAGGAAACAGUAAUGAACAGUAAUGUUUUAAGUAAAGUUGCAGAGAAAGCCAAGAAUAGUGUUAAUACCAUGAUUACAACAUUAGAUCCCCAGAUGCGUGAGUUCAUUUAUUCUGGAGGGGAUGUGGAGAUCAUCGUUGCUUCAGAUGAGGAUGUGAAAGUAAGUCCUGUGCGUCAGGCUUUCCAAACAAUAUUUGGAAAAGCAACGGUUACUGGCGUGCCCGUUGAAAGUUCAACCAUUGCUGCUCAACCAGUUGGUUUCGCGGCUGGAGUGAAAGGGGCAGAAGAGAGAAUUAAUUCCGCGCGAAAUAUUCCAUCCGUUCCGAAAGACAUACCAAUAGUUGCCGUGGAAAACUUUUUAUUAGAAGUUGGUGAAGAUAAAUGGUACGAUUUAGGAGUGCUUCUACUCCAUGAUCCUAAACGUAAAGUGACAAUUCGAACAUUUACACAAAUGACGGCAUUACCGAGCGAAAUAGUGACAAGGGCACAAGAAGCUACACCUGAAGAUUAUCCUUUAAAAUGGUCUGGAUUAGCAGUCACCACUGAUAGCUUGAUUGCAGACAUGUUACAGGUUCCUCACAACGAAUGGCAUCAUGUAGUAACUGGUGUGGAUAGGAGGGACAUUAUACUUUUAGCAGCUCAGUCAGUAGCUGGAAUCUACAAGAAUUCAAUUGACCUUAAAUAAAUUUUUUACACGCAACCGAUAACGCAAUUUACCAUUCACGCGCUUUUUGUAAAUACAACUUUACUAAUUUAUAAGAUAUUAAACAUUUAAAAAAAAAUCAUAAGAUAU